AUGUUGCUGUUUCUCCCUCCUUCAGGAAAGAAAAUUCUCGUGCUCGAUAGAAACCCUUACUAUGGCGGAGAAACGGCGUCUCUCAACUUAACCAACUUGUACAGCACGUUUAAGCCAAAUGAGAAGAUCCCCAGCAAGUACGGCGAGAACCGACACUGGAACGUGGACCUGAUCCCGAAAUUCAUCCUGGUAGGUGGGAAUUUGGUAAAGAUUCUGAAGAAAACGAGGGUGACGAAUUACCUGGAAUGGCUAGUCGUAGAAGGGUCCUACGUGUACCAGCACCAGAAGAAGGGGUUGCUCUACUCGGAGAAGUUCAUUCACAAAGUGCCCGCCACAGACAUGGAAGCACUGGUCUCCCCGCUACUCUCACUGAUGGAAAAGAACCGAUGUAAAAAUUUUUACAAAUAUGUAAGCGAGUGGGAUGCCAACAACAGAAACACCUGGGAUAAUCUGGACCCCUACCGAUUGACGAUGAUGGACAUAUAUAAGUACUUCAAUUUGUGUCAGCUGACGAUCGAUUUUCUCGGCCAUGCAGUAGCACUGUACCUAAACGAUGAUUAUCUGAACGAACCAGCUUACAGAACAUUGGAGAGAAUCAAACUGUACAUGCAAUCCAUUUCAGCUUUUGGAAAGUCCCCCUUUAUUUAUCCUUUGUAUGGCCUGGGAGGAAUUCCGGAAGGCUUCUCCAGAAUGUGUGCAAUUAACGGGGGCACCUUCAUGCUGAACAAAAAUGUUGUUGAUUUUGUUUUUAAUGAAAAUAAAAAAGUAUGUGGCAUCAAAUCAAGUGAUGGAGAGGUUGCCUACUGUGACAAAGUUAUUUGUGACCCCUCCUACGUUACGCAUUUGAAAGACAAAGUUAAAAAAAUAGGGCAAGUCAUCAGAUGUAUAUGCAUUUUAAGUAACCCAAUCCCCGAGACAAACGAUAUAAAUAGCUGCCAAAUUAUUAUUCCUCAAAAUCAACUAAACAGGAAGAGUGACAUUUAUAUAAAUCUGGUUUCUUUCCAACAUGGCGUAUCACUUAAGGGUAAGUACAUUGCCAUCGUGUCCGCCACCGUUGAAACGAGCAAUCCCCUAAAGGAGAUCGAAAAACCGCUUGAACUUUUGGGACCUAUUGAGGACAAAUUUGUGAAGAUAUCUGACCUAUACGUUUCCACGACGAACAAACCGGCCGAUAACAUUUUUGUCACGUCGUCCUAUGAUGCUACUUCCCAUUUCGAAACCGCCACCAAUGAUCUUCUUCAAAUUUGGGAAAAUCUUUUCGGAGAGAAGCUGAACUUUGAUGACCUAAAUAACAAGGCGGAAAAUGAAUGA